AUGAACACAACUGAUUCUGUCAGGAGUGUUCGUGCCAUAGUCUUUCCUGUUGGCUACCUAGGAAAAACAUUGAGUCCAUAUGUCAAUGUCCAAGUUAUGAAAGCCAAUUCAAUUUCAGAAACUACGGAUGUACUUUUCUAUUUUCAAGGCUUACAUGCUGUUAAUGAUAUUGCAACCAACAAAUAUCCACCAGCAGCAGUGGCGGAUCAUUUGACAUCAUAUGGUGGAAUGCUCACCGAUUCAUCUCAGAUGUCUGUUCUAAAAUUUAUUGCUGGCGGUGCUACUGGAACAUUUGGCACGGUCAGUGAAUCAUGUUCCUGGACUCAAAAAUAUCCUAAUCCACAGUUUAUGAUACAACAUUACACCAAAGGUGAAACGCUUAUUGAAUCCUAUUGGAAAAGUAUUCUACAAGUCUUUCAAGGUAUAUUCGUUGGAGAACCAUUGGCUAAUCCUUGGAGAAAACAACUUUCUUAA